GCACAUCCCAAAGUCUAUAACCCUUUCCCUCGAUACGUCGGCGCCGGCUGCUGCUUUCCUCCAUAAUCGAUGGCUGCGGCAGUCACUUCUUCCUCCGCUCUUCCCUUCGCGUCCUUGCAGCCCAACUCAUCAGCUGGCCUAAAAAACACCAGUCCCCUCUCUCCUCCCACUUUUCGCGCCACCCUUCCACGCCGGAUCCCUCCUCUCUCUUGUGCUGCCGCCCCGACCUCCAUCGAGGAGGACAACGGCCGACGCGGCCGCUAUGCUGAUGAGAGCAUCCGCGAAGAAGCUGCACGUCGUGACCACGCAUUACCCUCCAACUUCCACGGCUUCUCCGCUUGGUACGUUCCUUUUGGGCCCUCUCCCGACCCCAACGAGCGCUACUCCCUCGACGAUGUUGUCUACAGGAGCAGCUCCGGCGGCCUUCUUGAUGUCCGCCACGAUUUCGCUGCUCUCGCCAAGUUCCCUGGUUCCUAUUGGCGCGAUCUCUUCGACUCCCGCGUUGGUCGCACCACCUGGCCCUAUGGCUCUGGCGUCUGGUCCAAGAAAGAGUUCGUCCUACCGGAGAUCGAUGCUGACCAUAUCGUUUCUCUCUUUGAAGGAAACUCCAAUCUUUUCUGGGCCGAGCGUCUCGGUCGUGAACAUCUCGGCGGGAUGCCCGACCUCUGGGUCAAGCAUUGCGGCAUCUCGCACACCGGAUCUUUUAAGGAUCUGGGCAUGACCGUCCUUGUAUCCCAGGUUAAUCGGCUCAGGAGCAAACCCCUCUCCCGGCCGAUUGGCGGCGUCGGGUGUGCUUCCACGGGUGACACUUCUGCGGCUCUUUCUGCUUAUUGUGCCGCGGCUAAUAUUCCCGCCAUUGUCUUCCUGCCUACCGACCGUAUUUCGCUCGCACAACUCGUCCAACCCAUCGCCAAUGGAGCCACAGUCCUCUCCAUUGAUACAGACUUUGAUGGGUGCAUGAGGCUGAUCCGUGAGGUAACGGCCGAGCUUCCGAUUUACCUUGCGAAUUCCCUGAACUCGCUUAGACUCGAAGGUCAGAAGACGGCAGCUAUUGAAAUCCUGCAACAGUUUGAUUGGGAGGUUCCUGACUGGGUAAUCGUCCCUGGAGGAAAUCUUGGGAAUAUCUAUGCUUUCUACAAGGGAUUCAGCAUGUGCAAAGAGCUCGGUCUUGUUGACCGAAUGCCUCGACUUGUCUGUGCCCAGGCUGCAAAUGCCAACCCUUUAUACCUCCAUUACAAAUCAGGAUGGAGUGAUUUCAAGCCGGUCACUGCUGCUGAAACAUUUGCCUCUGCUAUCCAGAUUGGGGACCCUGUAUCCAUAGACCGUGCUGUGUAUGCUAUUCAGAAAACAGAUGGAAUUGUUGAGGAGGCCACUGAGGAGGAGCUAAUGGAUGCAAUGUCACUUGCUGAUCGAACUGGCAUGUUUGCUUGCCCACACACUGGUGUUGCCCUUGCCGCUCUAUUCAAAUUGAGGGAGAGUGGAGUGAUUGGAACAAAUGAUAGAACGGUUGUUGUUAGUACUGCCCAUGGCCUCAAAUUUACACAAUCGAAGGUGGAUUACCACGCCAAUGAGAUUGCAGAUAUGGUUUGCAGGUUUGCAAACCCUCCUGUGAAAGUGAAGGCAGAUUUUGGGUCUGUGAUGGAUGUUUUGAGGAAGAAGCUAGUCGUUAAGAAGUAGCUUUCAAGAACCUUGUAAGACUUUUGACCUUUAAGGCAUGUGUUUCAGUUAUUUAUGUACUUUCUGGUUUUUUACAAUUUCAUUAGUAAAUUAAUGUUGCAUUGUCUUUUUGUCCUGGUUAUUUUAGCUUGCAGAUUUCAUAAGGAUAUCAGCUUUGGCAUAUUUAGGAUUGAUGUCUUAGGAGACUUAUUUGCCUUAUUUUUAUGCAUUUUUCUAAUAAAAAGCUUAUUUCUCACA